AUGGUCAGACCUGCUCAUCCCGAGACCAUCUUCCACCUCAAGCCUGAGGACGACUCCACAGCUGCCAUUCUUCGUCACCAACGCAACGCCCCCUUUGUCUCCCGCGCUGCCAACGGCGAUGUGGCCCUGGAAAUUGGCUAUCACGAGUCAUCGCGGCCUCGCGGGGGUCGGGUCAUCGCCAGGCUUGGGCGCGAUGCCGACCUAGUGCUGCCCGCCAGGCAUAUAUCCCAGGUCCACGUUGCCUUUGAAGCUCACCCCAUUUCUAGCGCAAUCCUGUUCUGCGUUCGUGCCCAGGACGUCAAGACGGUCGGCGUGGGCCCACGAGGGUUGAGCUCGGACGGUGACUUUCGCCAGGUGGUCCUUGUACCAGAAGGGGAGUACGAUGUUGCCAUAUGCACUGGUAAUGGCCGACCCUUUCGAUUCCGAAUUCUCUGGAAACUAGAUACCUUGUCCACGUCUCGGACCGUUCAUGCUGCCUUCCAGGCUGCCGAGGCUCGCGCUCUCAACCCCUACUGGCUCAAGACAGAAUGCGAUGACGACUCGGACGUUAAGAGUUGGUACCACACUAGGCUACUAUCCAAGGCGGCCAGUGAUGUUCAAGAAGUGCUCUGUGAACAGAACGUAGACUCCGGAGCAUUUGGCACAGUGUCUAGAGCCAUCGACCUAGACUCGGGCCAAUGCGUUGCAGUAAAGACUGUUUGCCCCGCGAAUGAUAGAGAACUGGUGAAUCUCCAUAGAGAGAUCAAGACGCUCGGAACACUCAAGCAUCCGCACAUCAUCGAGCUCCUCGGCUACUCAAGCUGGGAUUCAGUGACGCCCUCUGAAAAGCGGGUUCCCAUCUUUAUGCCACUUAGAGCUGGAAGCCUAUGCAACAUGCUACCCUUGCCAGCAGAGCAAGAGAAGCCCAUCGUCCUGGAAAUAACAUACCAGAUGCUCUUGGCUCUAGACUACCUCUCCUCCCGCCACUUAUAUCAUAGAGAUGUCAAAUCCGCAAACGUUCUCUACUAUAUAAGAGAUGGGUCUUUCUACCCCCGGAACCGCAUCACGACUACCUAA